AUGUCUCUUUUAAAUCAACGUGAUGAACUUUCAUCUGUUCGUCCAGGUGGUACAAAGGCUCCCAGCAGUACAAAAGAAAUUCAAGGUGUUAGUGGUUUGCCUGGUGGAGAUAUUAAGAAUGGGAAUCGUCCUGUCAUGACCAAUAGUGUUACUAAAGGUGAAAGCGGUGUUUUGAACAGGAACGAGAUGGAUGGAGAGCAGAAGGUGAUGGAACAAAAGGCAGGUGAGACAUUAGAAGUUCAAAGUCCGUUCAACGCGAGUAAACCGGGAACUGUCCUAUCUCCUCCUCCCCCUCCUGUACAAGAUCACAGUGGCGAUCAAACGGAUGUGGUGUCUGAACAAGCAAAGAAU